UCUGUGUCUGAUGACGUUUACUCACUCACGUAGAGGCACUUUUCGCUAUAUAUCCCAUCAAUUCAUACGGAAUAAUGCUUCAGAAUAAAGCUACAGUCUCGUUUAUUACUUAAAAUCUCCGAAACGCGCCACGAACGCCUAAGUCCUGCCGGGACACGCGCAACCCCGACGACCGUCCACAGAAGGCAUUGCUCUAGAUAUCUGUUCUUCUAUCUAGAAUGCGCGAGCUCUUCUUAACCGCAUCCGUCAAGGAUGCCGACUUUUCUAUGACAUGCGCAAUCCUGCAAGGAUUGACAUGGAUGACGGCACGCCAGACCGUCCACCGCAUUCUAUUCUUUCAAGGCCAGCCACAGCCGAGAUCCAUCAAAAACUCACGCGCGUUCCAGCAGUCGCGUUUCUUACCAUUCUGGAAGGAACUGAGCAACCAGCUAGCUCGGUCAUCAUAUGUCCUUCAAGUAGCGUAUGAGCUUUCUCUAGAUAAAGAUUUCGGAAAAGGGUCUGUGAUGGACUUCAAUGCCUUGCCUGGUACCUUGCGAUGGACAGACUUACCGGAUCCUCUCCGAGAUACCCCAGUCACAUCAAGGAAAAAGAUCGAGAUACCCGACCAGCCCGCUCUCCUAUUAGCUAUGAGCGACAAUGGUCUCCAGUAUAAGAAUGAGAUGAUACAGGAGAGUUACUCUUUCGUCAGAGAGAAUAUCGAGUUCGUCUUCAGCAGAUACUAUUACCUACCCGACUCACCGGGACGACCUGUGUCUACUCUUCCGGCAUUCACAGAUCUACGGCCAGUUGACCCAGCGCAGAAGUGGGUGUUAAACGUGAAGCUGAACGUACUCGACGACAACCAGCCAGACAAGGUUAGAAAAGCGAGCGAAGAGCUCAUAGGGGUGAAAGCAGAACUAGAAAAAAUAUUCGAUUUUAAAAUCCUCGACCGGCGGAUCUUCGACACUAGGAUUGCGCCUCCACCGGUAAUACCAGGACGCGGAUAAGGUACUUCCCACCACGAGCAGAAUUGAUAGUAUGCAAUACACUGAAUUGGACUUUCUGCUAUGAUGAAACCAUUUGCUAUUGAAAGACAAGCAACCAUAAUUGGUAUAGUACAGUACGAGA